AUGAAUUCCCCAGCAAAUUCACAGUCAGGCACUGUCAAGGGCUCACUGUCUCAGCUUCCGACCGAGAUCAAGUUGCGCAUCAUCGAUCACCUUAAACUUCUUGCGGAGAAGGAGGGAUCUCCCGGUACCAGUUUUUUGAAGCUUGCUCUGGUAGAUCGAACGUUCCAUGAACUGUGCAGUCCGACAAACUGGAAGCUGCUUGACUUGAAGAGCAUCAGGAAAAAAUUCCUCAACCAAUUCAUCCAUGACAUACUACCUCAUCAAGGAAAACGCAUACGAUCAAUGACUCUCAAACUCGAAUUUUCAGUUCAGUACUGUGCCCGUCGCCGAGGCCCGAACGGUAUUCAAGCAACCGACAUCAUAACCGACGAAUAUGGUCCAGGACGAUUGAGUGAAAUUUUGAAAGUGUGUAUCAAUGUGACUGAUCUGAGAAUCUUCCUUGAACACUAUAUGGACGAGUUUGGAGAUCUUAGCGAUGCGCUAGUCAACCCGAUACCAACAUCAUUGCAUCCAGUUGCUCAACUUAGCAACUUGACCUACAUUCAUUUAAAUAAUCAAACCGAGGACGAGAGCUUCAAGGAAGAGUACUUGGUCAAUUUGAUAAGAAACAUGGUACAUCUAGUUCACAUUCGUCUCGAUAGGCUUGGUGCCUCUUUUCCAACAUGCGACUUCUGCGAGUGUCCAAAUGUGAUCCAGCCGAUUUUGCCACCACUGGCUGUUCACCUGGCUUCACUAUCUUCACUGAGAUUUAUCGACUUUUCAAUGGUAGAUUGCUUUGAUUGGGGCUGGACUAAAAUGAAGUGGAAAGGAGCGCUCGAAGGGAUCACAUUGCACAGAAGCACCCAGCUUUCUUUUCGUGCCGUACACGCCUUUUGCAGCCUUUUCGAGGACAGCUUAGUUUCUCUUUCGCUUUGUGAUGUUCCGCUCAGCAAUUCGGGCGACCUUCCGUUGACUAGCCUGCCCAAAGACGAGCUUGAAUACGUCUUUCGUCUGCCGAAGUUGAAGAAGCUGGCGGUCUACACGCCCUAUUCGAUUGAAUUUCUCCGUCUAUUCCGAGAGUCCCGCAACAUCACCAACAUCAACCUUGUUGCCAAUUAUAUAAUUGGACCUGAAGAUCUCAAAAGCUUGAUCAGCCAUGAAACUCGGAUUUGGAAGGACUUGAAAUCUUUGCUGGUGCAAGUUAAGCAAGUCGGCAAGGGAAGAUACAGGCCUCGAGAAAUCGCAGAUUUGGUCGCUUGUGGUUCACAAGUAGGUGUGCGGGUAGAAUGUGGCUCCCUUGCGAUCGAGGGGAACCGACUUUUCGAAGAGUAUCAAUCGCAGUUCCGCCUCGGACAAGAAUGGAGUCCUGAUGAGCCAAGUGACAGUGAGAGUGACUGAAACACUCGCUCUCACCAUUGCUGCCUUGCUGGUGAACGUUACACAUGCAGUGCUUUUUGGUUGGACAAUCGCCGACUCGGGGUCAAGCCCUGAAACCCCAGGCUUGUGCUUGUUUUCAACGUUGGAAGACUUGGUCUUGG